AUGUAAAAACCUACAACAGCAAAUAUAUUUGUACGAAUUAAUGAUUAUAAUAAUUCAAAUAAAACACUCUGGGAUGUGUUAAUUCUCGAAGUAUUGAAAUUUAUCAAAGAAAAUUCAAAUUAGUUAUUGUUAGUGGAAAAACAGCAGUAUUUGAGUACAUCAGUUAAGGAGAAUUCGUUCAGACCAAGCCAACUGUUGGUAAGGAUUAUAAUUCUAAAAAGGUGUAGAUGCGGAUUUAGCCACCAAAAAUUCAUGAUUUUUGAUGUCAAAGGAAAAAUACCCAGUUUAUGGAGCAAUUAUUCUGAAAAUAUAAAAAUUUAGAAU